AUGGCUGAGCGGACGGUCCCCCAUGCCUACCCCAUGAGCACGGAGUACGAGUUCGCCAACCCCAGCAAGAUCUAUGACCAGAACUUUGGGGAAGGUGUGUCCCCUGCAGAGAUUUUAGCCCCCACCUUGUAUCAUGGGUACUACAUCAGGCCCCGGAUCAACAAGCAGCUGGACCGGGGGAUCUCUGAGAUCAACCUCAAUGAGCACAAAUUCCAGGUGUUUCUGGAUGUCUGCCACUUCCUGCCUGAUGAGAUCGCCGUCCGCACGGUGGACAACCUGCUGGAGGUGACAGCUCAGCACUCCCAGAAAGCUGACCGCCAUGGCUUCAUCUCCCGGGAAUUCACCAGGACAUACAUCCUCCCACUGGAUGCUGACCCCCUGCGAGUUAAAGCCACGCUGUCCCAUGAUGGCAUCUUGAGCGUAGAGGCUCCCCGAACUGGGGGGGAAGUGGAGGCCAGAAUCAAGGAUGUGAAAAUAACUCACCAAGAUCAGCCCGUGGGGAUGGAUAAGGGGAAGGGACAAGCUGAGCCCUAA